AUGGAUGUGGUUGCACUCUACCCCUCGGUACUGCAGUUUGAGGCAGUUAUGCUCACCAAUGCUAUGUUUGUUAAGGAGGGUUUUAUGGCGCAGCAAAUCCUAGAAAUACGAGAGGCCCUGAUUUUUAUCACGGAAAAUAAUUACUUUUGGUUCAACGGGAAAGUUUAUUUACAGAAACAAGGGGUACCUAUGGGCUCUCCGCUCUCUGCAAUAUUAGCGGAAUUACUCAUGAGGCGUGUGGAGCAAAGAGUGUUUACCUUCCCUCUCACCAUAGCAUACCCGCUAUUAUAUCUUAGAUACGUGGACGAUAUCUUAGUAGCAUGGCAACACACGGAAGAGGAAUUCCAUAUUCUCAAAAGUUAUCUUAUGGAGGUUUAUUCUACCAUCAAGUUUACUUGGGAAAAGGAAAAGGGAGGUGAAAUUGCGUUUUUAGAUCUAAACAUCACCAAAGCCCAGGGUGCGAUAGUCUUCUCCGUGUUCCAUAAGUUCAACAGCAUACCUCCUAUAAUCCCUGCCACCGCGUACCAGCCGCAACACUAUGUCAACGCAGCUAUCACCCCUCUAAUUAGGAGGGCCUUUUUGUUGUCUUCCAAUCAAGCUCUUGUCGACAUCGAGCUUGAAGCUAUAAGUGCAGCG